AUGUCUCGAGGUGGUCGAGGAGGUGGCCGUGGUGGACGCGGCGGUGGUAGAGGAGGAAGACCUAAUGUGCCCUGGGACACAGGCGAUGAACCUGAUGCGCGGCCAUCUGAGCUAUUUCCCCCAUACCUCGUCCCUACUCCCCGAGAACUCGCCUCGCACGAAAAGGCAGCUGUACAACACUAUCUCCUACUACGGCAUCAAGUCCACGCAUCUCCUCUAUACACAUCCAAGCGCACAGCUCUCAAUGAUCCAACAGCACCUCGCAAACACUACGGCCAGGCACAGAAGAAUGCCCGCUUCGGCAUCAAGAGCAAGGCCUCUUUAGACCCCUUUACUGCCGUGCCUACCUACUCCCAUAAGUUCGUUCGCGAGGAACGUGCUCUUCCAGAUUGGUCCAACCGUCCAGUAUGUCGCGAGCUCUUCCCCCUGGAACUCUACGAAACCAUCGACGCUGCAUCCGCCAACGACGGUGGUCUUCCAGGCGGCUUCAAGCGCCGGAAGUUGGAGCUGAGCAGCGUAAGCGCGCUUCCUAGUGCAGAGGAAGCUUUUGGUAUGGGAGGUGAUGGCGAAGACGAGAUGCAAGGCCGUAAUCUCCUUGAACGGUUACAGGCGCUCAAGGAAGAAGAAGGCGACGAAGCUGGCGAUCUUGAAGACGAAGAAGGCAUGGAAGAGGAAGAGCAGGAUGAAGUUUACGACGACGAAGAUGCGGGCGAUUAUGACGCUGAGAACUACUUUGACGGCGGUGACGAGUUUGACGAUUAUGGCGAUGAUGGCGGCGAUGGAGAAGGGACUUACUAG